AGGAAGGGCGGAGCGAAGUGAUGCUUUCAGGGAAGGUGGGAACGGGUCGGAAAUGACUAGGAGGAAAGGGCAAGAGGCUGGGGACGGGUAGUGGAAAGGAGGUAGCGUUCACCUCCUCACGGAGGCGGUUAGGGGCGGAGGAUCAAGCCAUCUUCCACCGCUGCUCCCCGGGCCUGCAAGGGAAGGAGUUCUGUGGCCAACUCCAGGCAACCUGAAAAAUGGGCCUAUUGAAAGUUUUGGCUUUGUUGCAAAAGCAAGUCAAGAGUUAACUUUUCUCUGUUGAAUAAGUAUUGCAGAUUAUGCCAUGUCGGUUCAAGGAAUAAAUAAACAUACAGUUAUCCCUCCUAUCAUUAGUAGAUGUGAUAAGGAAUUUUUGGAAAGUAUGCAGAGAUACAUAAUUACAGAAACUAAAAGAGUGGGCUGCAAUGAGGAAGGACCUGCUGAUGAAUAUUACAUCAUAUACCGAAACGUUUUUGAUAAGGUAAUAGAAUAUGUCACUGCAUACAAAUCCAUUCUUACUUCAAUCAAAAAAGAAUAUGAUGCCAUCAUUGAUACAAUAAAAAGAGACCAAAGAAUUGCAUUUUAUCUUCAUGGAAGACUUAAAGUUUUUGCAGCAGAGCCCACAACAUUGGUGUAUCACAGGAAAAGAAUAAUCCAACUUGAAGCAAAAAUGAAGGUUAUUGAAAAUAAUUCCUCAAAUAUUCAAUUGCAAAUAGACAAAAUAAAACAACUUAGGGCAGAGUAUGAUGUGGAAGAACUAAAACAUUUUCCUUUCUUCAAAGACCCUUCAAAACCUAUUCCAGGCAUGAUUCUCGAAGAAUCCUUCAAUUUAGAUGCUCUCAAUAAAUACCUGAAACAUCUGGAAGAUAAAUAUGCAGAAAUUAAACAACUGAUGUCAAAAAAAUAUGUCCCAUUUCAGAGGAAGGCAGAUUUAGAGGAGGAAAUGAUUGUGAUAGUAAAACGGCAAAAUGUAGCUGAAAGUCUGAACAAAGAAUUAGAGUUUCGUCAUCGAAGACUGCAGAUUAUUUUAUAUGCACUUACUUCAUGGGUAAAAUCUGAUAAGAGCAGUUCAUUUGAAGACUUCGUGAAGCAAAUUGAGCAAAUCCAAGAUUUACAUGGUAACCAAAGCUUUAUUGAAGAGCUAUUGGAAGAUGAUCCAGGCAAGGCAAACGAAGCUGAAAUUUUGCUUUCCUACAUUGAAAGGUUCAAUGAAUUAAUCUCACUUGGUGAAUAUGAGAAGGCCGCUUGUUUUGCAGCAAAAAGUCCUAGAGGAAUUCUUCUAAACAUUGGGACAGUGAAUAAAUUUAAGGCUGCUGGAAAAAUUAGAGGAAAGCCUUUUCCAUUACUCUCAUUUUUUGAGGCUAUCUUUAGCACAAGUCAUGCUAAUAGACGUCCUAUUAAUGCAGAACUAACCCUGGAAGGAAUCAAAUGUGGACUUUCGGAAAAACGUUUAGAUUUAGUUAUCCACUGGGUCACUCAAGAAAGGCUCACAUUUUCUGAGGAGGCUGGGGAUGUGAUUUGUGAUUAUGGAGAUCAGGAUACUCAUAACAAGGCCAAGUGCCUGGCUUUAGCUCAGAUCAUCUACAGUAAAUGUAACCUGUUCAACAAAGUUAUUCUCUGCCUGUGUAAACAGGAUCAGCUUCAUGAGGCCAUGGAAUACAUACAACAACUCAAGGACUUUACUUCUGAUGACCUGAUGCAGCUAAUAAAGUUAUGUCCCCACUAUGGAUUAAUUCAGUGUCUCACUAAAGAAUGGGAUGGAAAACCACCAUUUUUACCUUUUUGUCUCGCUAUACUUUAUCUGUUCUCUAUAGAUAUGAAAAAAGUUGGCAUUAAACUACUUCAUGAAAUAAAUAGAGGUGGGAAAGAUGCAAUAGAACAUCUUAUGGUAAAUGAUCCAUUUUGCUCCCUAGAAAGGUGGCAAGAAAUGGCAAAUAUAUGCUCACAGAAUGGCUUUGACAGAUUAUGUAAUGAUAUCAUGUCCAUUCUUCGAUCUCAGGCUGGAGUUAUAGAAAUUCCUGAAGAGGAUGAUACAGUCAACUUAAUGCAACAUGUGUUUUGGUAGUUCUGUAGCUUAACCAGCUGAGGGAGCUUCUGCAACAUUUUGUGUUUGUUGGUUGGGCAAACUGAUUCUGAAGUAACUAAUAUAAAUAAAUCUGGAAUAUGAAGCUCAGAAAUAAAUCAUGUUGUUUUUUUGUUAUGAU